AUGGGGGUGGUGGAGGCGGCGAGGGAGGCGGUGGUGAAGGCUGUAAAGGGGGCUGUGGAGGUGGUGGAAGUGGCGACGGUGGUAAGGGUGGAGGCGGUGGUGAGGGAGGCGGAAGUUGUGGUCGAGAUGGAGGUUGAGGUGGGCACGGUGGCGAUGGCGAAGGAGAUCGGGGUGGUGGUCGCGGUGGUCGGGAAAUUGGGGGUGGUGCGCGUGGGGGUGGUGGCAGCGGUGAAGGCGGAGGCGACGGCGGUGGCAGCGGUAUCCUUGGAGGCGGUGGAAGGGGAGGUGGAGGCGAGAAAGGGGGCGGACGCCGCGGCGGCGAUGAUUGCGGCGGCGGUGGAGGGGAAGGUGGUGGCAGAGAAGGGGGUGGAAGCAGUGGCAGCGGUGGCGGCGUUGAUUGUCGUGCCGGAGAGGAAGGAGGCGGACGCCCCGGCGGUGGUGGCGGCGGCGGCGGCUGUAGUGGUGUUAAGGGUGGUGGUAGGUAGGGCGCCUUUGGGAAGGGUGAAGAUGGCAGUGGUGCGAGAGGACCGGGUAGCUGAGGGCGUGCUCGCUUUAUUCGGACUGGUGCUGAAGACCGAGGAGGAGGUGGUGGUGGUGGUGGUGGAGGUGAAGGCCGUGAUUGCGGUCGGGUGGAAGGCGGAACGAGCGACGGUGAUGGGAUUGACGGUGGUUUACGGAAGGAUGGCGAGGGAGACGGCGGCGAAGACAACUUUGGCAGGGGUGAUGGCGGUUUUCGUAACGGUGGAGGCGUUAUUGGCAGGAGACGUGGUGGCGAGGGUGGAGGUGGAGGCGGUGGCCGCGAUGGGAAUCGUCGAAUUGGCGGCGGGCGUGGAGAGCGUGGGCGUGGGGGACUAUGCUGGGGGGAAAGCCGGAUCGGAGGUGCAUGUGUGA